CACCAAACCAACCACAUGCUCACCUGCAGACGGAGCGUUGUCCAGGGCUUUCCCAACGUGGAAGCACAAGUUCGCGCAGCAGCCCCGAUUGGUGGGCCAUUUCACUCUGGACUGUUUCUUUUGCUCGCUUUCAAUCGACGCGCAUACACACACACACAAUGCACGAGAGGGCGAUGGGGAUUAAGGGCCAGGGAAGGACGGUAUGGGCGAGAAAAAUCGACGGGCAUGGUGAUUGCGUUUAACACGCAGAGCUAGAUCAUGCAUACUUCGUCCUAUCUCUCCCUUUCUCACUUUCUUCUUCUCCCCCCUCUGCGGAUGGUACACGUGUAUACUCACCCGCUCAACCCGCUCACCCACCCACCUACUCACUCAUUCACUCACUCACUCAUUCGCUCACUCACUCACUCACUCAUGCGCCCAAUCACCCACCCGCAAGCUGCUCCCGUCUUCCCGAAGUCUGUUUUUGACCGAUCCAACCAAGCUCCUCCGGAAGAAUUCGCGAUGCUCACAGGUCCAGCUUCUCAGAGCAGAGUCGAGUCGGAGAAAACCUGCUGGACUCCAGCUUACUCAGUAGUAGGUGUGGUUGCCAAAGAGAGUGAAUCACUGAAUGACCGCUUGGUGCCCCGUAGUCUUUCUGCGGGCCGCCCUUCCCUCCUUCCCUCCUCGCCGGCGCAGGGACUCCGCCCGCGAAGAUGCCCCAUGUCGUGCGCCGAUUGCCCUUUCGCGUGUGUGCCUUGGAACGGGGCCGAGGGCAUAUCGAGAGUGCUGGGAGUAUAUGGGAGGGAGAGAGGUACAAGAAGUCUCCUUUUCUUGCCGUCGCUUUGGCGGGCUGAACCCGGGUGAAGGCGAAGCCGUGAGAGUCUACCUGGACUCAGGAUCGCGGAGAGAACCAAGCGGUGCGGUCGCAACGGCGAGCCUGGCGGUUAGGGCUCAACUCUUUGAGAGGGAUGCAUGCCCGCGAUAGCAUCGUCUGUGCGACAGCGCCUCCCACGGCCCUCACCUAUGCCCGAGGGAGGUGAGAUCUCGAGCAAGUCUUAUUGCUGAUGCUUGUUCUGUUCUGACAUGACAAGGCCCCCCUCCCCCCC